AUGCCGCGCGCGGCGCCGCAAGACUUGGAUCCUCUCUACGUGGAGGAGCAACAACUUGCAGAGGAGCUCCGGGACCCUCGUUCCGCCGGGCGGAUCCCCGUGGCACUGCUUCCCGAGGGACCCGAGCGACCUCGCCCAAUGGGCCUUCGUGCCACGCGCGUGCACCCUUCGCUGUGCGGCUCCUUGCCGCCGGCAGAAAGCUCUCGUUGGAUGAGCAGCCGACACUGGCAAGCGCCAUCUGCUCGAGAGGAGCUGCAAAGGCUUGAACGGUCGCCUGCCGUAGGUGACUUCCCGGCGUCGCCUCGCUGCGGAUUCGUCGUGCCGACGGCAUCAGACUUCAGCAGUGCUGGGGAAACCUCUGGUUUGACCGUGGAGCAGGAGCAGCAGCUGGAGUUCGAGAUCCGCUUGUUGGAGCAACAGAUGGCUCGCCCAGAUAGCCCGCCACAGCAGCCGGAGGAGGUGCUUCCGAUCCUCCAGCGAGAGGCCUAUGUGCCGGGGCAAGUGCAACGGCGGAAGGAACCCAAGCCGGAGCCUGUGGGCUUUUUCUCAGAAUAUGCCCAUCUCACUCGAAGCGAGUACAUCAAGCUGAAGACCCAGCGCCGCAGUGCAGCACUGGCCAUCCAGACACGAGUGAAGAUCUUCCUGCUUCGACGCUCCCUCCUAGUGGCCUGGCGCGUGCCUGCAGCUCGUCGCAUUCAGGGCUGUUGCUACACAUUCUUGGCAAAGGUGAAGAUGCUGGACAAGGAGAAGAACGCCAAGCUGCGCUUCGUGCUCGCCCUCACGCAUUUUCAAGCAAAAGUGCGCCGGUUCAUCAAACGGAAGCAAGAAGAGCGGCAACGCUUGGCCGAUGAGGAGGCGCGCAGGUGGCAGGAGAAGCUCCGGCGUGUGCAGAUCGAAGGCGCUUGCAAGGUGCAAGCCAAGUGCCGCAGUUUCCUGGCCAUGGACCGCAUGCAGUUCGACGGGAGGCAAGGGCGCGUGGCCACGCAGAUCCAGAGAGCAUGCCGAGUUCACCUCAGUCGUUUGGAGGUGCUGCAUCAGAACGAGGUCGCCAAAGAGCAGGAGCGGAUGAGGCUGCGAGCGGUGAUGCGCUUGCAGACCCUGUUGUGCCUGGGCAUCACUUGUGAGGGCAUGCUGGGCCGCGUGGGAUGUACCAAUCCCUGCAAUGCUCACCUACUGAAGGCCUACAGCGGAAAGCAGCGCCAGUAUGGCAGACCUUGUCAGCUGGUUCCCAUGAACUGUCGGAGCAGAGCCUUCAAUGAGAGAUGUCUCAAGGGACCAAGAGCUUGGCGACUGCGGCAGAUUCUGGUUGGGGUGGUGCUCACUGUACCAUCAUGGUGGUACAUGCCAGGCACCUGGUACAAUGAGAGGCCAGAGGAAGACCACUGGCACUAG